AUGGUUUACAAAUCCAAGUUUGACGAUCUCGACAUUCCACGAUGCAAUAUCCUUUCAUAUUUGUUUCCCAGAAACAAGGCACCAUCUACAAAACCCGUAUGGAUAGAUGCAAGGUCUCCCGAAAGGUGGCUCUCACCUGCCAGCCUACUGCGAUGGGUUCAAAGAUUCGCACUCGGACUCGACCGCCUAGAAGUUGCUGCAAACGAAGCCAUCAUGGUCUUCACACCAAAUCACGUCUUCGUGCCAGUAGUGUAUCUUGGAGCCGCGGGGUCCAAGAGGUACUACACGGGAGCAAACCCAACUUACACCGUUGAGGAGUUGUCGUUUCAAAUGGCUGCAGUAAAGCCGGCCGUUGUCCUCGUCCAUCCCAGCUUAUUCCAUACCGGUUAUGCCGCUGUGAGAAAGGCAAAUCUGCCCUCGACCAAAGUUUUCCUGUUCAGUGACUCGGACUGUCCAGAGCAGCAGGGGAUUCGCGAUUGGAAAACAUUUCUCUCUCCAGAGAAAGAUGCUCUCUCUUGGACUUGGGAUGAUCUCGGCGACGAGGCGACUACACAAAUCGCCGCAAUCAAUUUCUCUAGCGGGACCACCGGCUUGCCCAAGGGUGUUUGCAUUAGCCACUACAAUCUGGUCGCCAACUCGUCCCAAACAAUGCACGUUAAGCUAUCAAGACAGAACCAAGAAGCUGAUAAGAAGAAUGAGAGAUGGCUGGCCUUUCUACCCCUUUAUCAUGCGUUCUCACAACUGUUUACGAUCAAUAUCGCAUGUCGACUGGAAGCUACCGUCUACAUCAUGCAAGCGUUCUCGUUCAUCGAAUUCCUGCAACUCAUUCAGCGACACAGAAUCACCACUCUCCAAGCAGUUCCACCAGUCAUGAAUAUGCUAGCAAAACGACCCGAGACGGCCAAAUACGAUAUCAGCAGUCUAAGGAAUAUUAUGGUCGGUGCGGCUGCGAUGUCCGUCCAACUUUCAAAUGAGUUGGCGGAUCGACACAAUUUGUUCAUUGCCCGCGGCUGGGGAAUGACUGAAACCACCUGCGUUGGCAUGCUGUCACCUGACAAUGUGCGUGACGAGGGGGGCAGCUCAGGGUACCUUCUACCAAACACGGAAGCGAAAAUCGUGGACGACGAGGGUCUUGAAGUCGCAGACACCCCGGGAGAGCUGUGGGUGCGCGGUCCGCAGACGAUGCUCGGUUACUGGAACAAUGAGAAGGCUACGCAUGAGACGGUGACAGCGGAUGGCUGGCUGAGGACCGGUGAUAUUGUCGUGGUCAAAAAUGAUCUCUGGUGGGUCGUGGAUAGACGAAAGGAGAUCAUAAAAGUCAACGGCUUCCAAGUCGCCCCUGCAGAGCUUGAAGCUGUGCUACUACAGUACGAAGAAAUAUCCGACGCUGCCGUUGUAGGCUUGAUCGUUGAUGGAAACGAAUAUCCUCGUGCGUACGUCGUGAAACGCCUGGACCCGGCACCAGAAUGGCUCACCGAGCCGGACAUACAGUCCUAUGUCGCUGGCCGUGUGGCCAAGCACAAGCAUUUAACGGGAGGUGUCCAGUUUGUACAAUCCAUACCCCGGCUUCCCAGCGGCAAAAUAAUGAGAAGCACAAUCAGAGAGUGGGCCAGAAGAGAUGCGGGGCGUUCCCAGAUGUUGAAAUCUGCCCUUUGA